CACAUAGCGGUAGUAAGAGUACAAAUACGAGUACGAACGUAGCAGCCUUUCCAUUCGAUUUCUUGGAUCCCUCGAUUCGGUUCCGGUCUUUGUUCCUUCCACCCCGAUUGCAAACAAGAAUCCACAGCAGCAUCGCCCACGGAAACGCGUACAACACAGAAAAUAAUCAAACACAUCCGCCUGCAACCCCCAUUCCACAGAAAUCCAAACAAAACACACACAGAGAGAGAAAGACAAAGACACACACACACACACAGACACACGAUGAUGCUCCGAAUCGGUAUUUCACUCCUCGCCUUCCUCGCGGCAUGGGCCCCGCUGUCGUCGGCCCUUUCUUGCCCCCCGCAGAAAACGUCGGCUGCCAACCACCAAUCGUCGUCUCUGGCUUCCACACGCCGCUCCUUUGUCGGCGGGGCCGCAGCGGCCGCCGCGGGCCUCGUAACUUCGGGCCCGUCGUUCGCUUCCGAGCCGCCCUCUUCCACCGGGCUUCCUUCCAAGGGGGCCAGGGCUCCCUCCUUUGAGCUACCCAAUUCACGCGGCACCGGUCUCGUUACGCUCGACGGCCUCGUCAAGAACUCCAAGUGGACCGUUCUCUAUUUCUACCCGGGAGCCUUCACGUCCGGCUGUACCCUCGAAGCCCGUGGAUUCCAGAAGGACCUGGAGGAGUACCGCAAGCUCAACGCGCAGAUCGUAGGCGUCAGCGUCGACCCGGUCGAGAAGAACGCGCAGUUCUGUACCGAGGAGAAGCUCGACUUUUUCAUGCUCUCCGACAAGGGCGGCAUCGUCUCGAAAAAGUACGGAAGUGCCCUGUCCAUCCCCGGGUUCGGGACCUUUUCGAACCGGCAGACCUACAUCAUCGACCCCAGCGGUGAGCUGCGGUGGAUCUUUACGGACGUCGAGUCCAAGAUCGCCCGGCACUCGUCCGAGGUCCUGGAGAAGCUGGCCGAGCUGGAGCGGGCCUAGUCGCAACAACAAAUCACCAACACGGAACAAACAACGGAAAAGAGAAACAAAAACGAACGCUGGUG